GUGAGUUUGGAGUUGUUGGCAAGUUUUAUUGGAGACUUGUGUGUUGGUGGUAGUGGUAGUGGUAGUGAUGGGAAGACAACCUUGCUGUGACAAACUCGGGGUGAAGAAAGGGCCGUGGACAGCGGAGGAGGACAAGAAGCUUAUUAACUUUAUCCUCACAAAUGGCCAAUGUUGCUGGCGCGCCGUCCCAAAGCUGGCGGGUCUACGGCGGUGUGGGAAGAGCUGCCGGCUUCGCUGGACUAAUUACCUCCGCCCUGACUUGAAGAGAGGCCUUCUCACGGAGGUUGAAGAACAACUGGUGAUUGACCUCCAUGCCCGGCUUGGCAACAGAUGGUCCAAGAUCGCAGCAAGAUUGCCUGGAAGGACUGAUAAUGAGAUCAAAAACCACUGGAACACUCAUAUAAAGAAAAAGCUUCUUAAGAUGGGUAUUGAUCCUAUUACACAUGAACCCCUCCCCAAGGAAAAUAAGGCAACCGAGACAUCUCAUGCCGAUAAUUCUCCAGAAUCCGAAAACCAUCAUGUGCAAUUACCAGAAACUAAUGGCACUGCCAGCUCCGAGGAGAACUCAAGCUCACCAACUGAAAAUUGUUCAAGCGAUGAAUCCCAUUUACUCGAUAGCAUUUACGACGAUUUUCCAUUGGUGAGUUGUUUAUUGGAGGAUGAUCAAGCUCUGCUAGUUGAUGCACCAUGGGAGUUUCCACCUUCUGGACAGAACUUCGAUGGUGAUGGCAUGGCGUCGUGGACCGAGAAUUGGCUAUUGGAUUGUCAGGAUUUUGGGAUUCAUGAUUUUGGGUUUGAUUGUUUCAAUGAUAUGGAAAUGGACAUGUUAAACCCUAUAGAGAUGGGCAACAAGCAGUGAUAUUUCCAAUGGUGGAAUGAGAGAGAAAAGUGUUUAGCUUCUCCAGUGCCCAUGUUACAAAAGUAUCAUGUCUGGGUCAAAUUAGGUUCUCAGUGAUGUUUAUAUCUUUUUUAUGUUAAAGAAUACUCUUGGAGGGUGGAAAAGAAACCUUGUUUCUUCCCAGGUUUCUCACCAACCGGAGAAUGAUACCAAACUGCAAUCUUUAGAAGGUGAUAGGUUUCCUAAAGAGCAGUUGUACUCCUUUGUAAGAUAGGGGCAGCAAAAAAAGUUACAGUGGUCUUGUGAAUAUAUAUGAAACUUUUGUAUCUAUGUAUUUAUGUGGUAG